UUUUUUUUCCAUCCAUGUCUUGUACACCACCUAUUACAUCACCAACUAUACCCUCUUUAUCACCUGCAACAGCAUCAGAAGAUCCUUUAUUUACUGAAGUAGAUGAAGUCAUUGCUUCUACGUCAUCACCGUCUUCUUCACCACCACCACCGCCACCACCUCCUCCUCCUAUUCCUCCUCCACCACCACCACCAUCUCUUCCUUCAAAAGUAUCCGCAGAUGACAUUAUUCAGUUAGAAGAAUGGCUCAUACAACUAGAUCGAGAGAAGAAAAUGAAACUGGGCGUCGAAAAUAUGCUGGAAGCUUACUUACAAGACAAAAAACGAACAAAGGAAUUGGAAGGACAAUUGGAAAGCUAUAACGCAACUAUUGAUACACUCGCCAAAAAUAUAGAACGUAUCCGAAUGUUAGCUGGUAAAAACUCGACCGAAGUAACAACAAAAUUGGUGCAAUACAAAUAUACCUUCAAUACUUCAUUUCCGGCAUCUAUACCAAACACUACACUGAAACAACAACAACAGCAACAACAACAGCAACGUGGAAAACCUAGAUCUAAUAGCUUCCCUAAAGGAAAACAACAAAGAUCACAAGAAAGUAUAUCCUUCCGUGACGAUGAUGCUUGGCCAUUAGGAAAACGACUACACCAUGUUAUGGAACAACUUGGAGUAGAUGAAUGGAAACCAACUAUUUCCACCAUGGAAUCUAACGCUAUCAAGGAAUCAAAAGUGGAGAAAUUAGACACUCUAGUACGUAUAUUGAAAACUACAAAUGAUACUGACGUGUAUUAUCCAAAGAAGAAAAUGAUUGCAUGUUUACGACAAUGUAUAGCAAGUCCUCAUCGAGAAGUUCGGGUUCUUGGUUUACGCGCAUUACGACACUUAGUGGAUGAUCCUGUUGAUGUGGAACUGAUGAUGCAAAUGCAAAUUGAUAUAUUUAUUGUCAGGGCAAUGUCAAGAGAACCUGAUAAUUAUGAACCAGAAAGGGAACAAACAAUGAAAUUAGUUCGAGCUUUUCUCCAAUACAAUGGUACCUGCUAUUUAUCUCAAAAUAUUGUACGUGCUGUAGUGGCUGUGGCAGAACAAACUGAUUGUCGAUUACGGAAUAUAUGUUUAGAAACCAUUGCAGAAUUGGCCAUUCUUGACACUGGAUUAACAGUUCGUUCUGGUGGAUUACGUGUAAUAAUGCAAGCAUUAUUGGAUGGACAACGUAAUAUGGCUGAAGUUUUAUCAUAUGCUCUACUUUAUAUAUUGGAUACUCCAGAAAGACGUACUUACUUACGACCAGGCGUAGAAUUAGAAACAAUUAUUGCUCCAUUUACAGAAUCAAGCAAAGGUGCUAAUUAUGAGGAUAGACUCAAAAACAGUGCUAGGGUGGUUACUCUUCUUUUGAAAAGUUGGGCCGGUAUUUUAUAUAUGUGUGCGAAUAGUAUGCGGGCAGCAAGAUCAGUGGUUCAAGCUUUACGGACACCCGUGGUGGAAACAAAGAAAAUGGUACUCGAUAUGUUUUUUGACAUUUUCCACGUGCAACUACCGAAGGAUCAUAAUAACUUUUUGACUGGACGACAACAUACUGUGACCAUGUGUCCACCUGACUCCCUUUUAUCCAAAACUCACUUACAUAAUGGUUCAGUCUCUGGUAUGGGUGGACAUAUGAUGAUGGGUGAAAUGACCGGAUCAGCCAUGGCUAGCGAUGAAACCAAUAUUAGUCAUGGUAGAACAACAGCAAGUAAUUCAGAACGAUUGAAAAUGAUGGAUCAGCAUCUCAGUAUUGUCUUGAUUAUCUUUAUUGAAUCUGAUAUUUUGAUGGCUUUGAUUGAUAUGGUGAAAAGUGACGACGUUUACAUCUCACGUAAAGCAACUCUUUUAAUUGGUGAAAUAUUACAACUAUCAACCCGGCUUCUUCCUAUUUUAAUGGGGAUUCAGAUACAAUCUCUUCCUAAAUUGUUUGCCUUGGCGUCCAAUUUUGAUGAUGAACUGGUCCGACAUAAUGCAACAGCAGCUUUGGCUCAUAUUGAUCGACUGACUCGCGCACGUGCUCGUUAUGCCGCAUCCUCAUCCUCACUUCAUCCUCUUCGAACUGGUGGCAGUAGUGGUGCUAAUGGUACUGGUGGAAAUGAUAGUACGGGGGAUAGGGGUACUAGUACAACACGUAGAAUGGUCAACAAUGGGUCUAUGAUGAUGACAACAACAACAACAACUACAACACAAGAAAAGGUGCAUGAAGUCAAGUUGAAAAUGGGUUAUGCGAUUGAUGAUGCUCAUUUUCGACAAUUAUUAUUGGACUCUCAGGUGUUGAAUACCAAAGACUAUACCAAAUGGAGCUGGGAUCAUAUUGUGGAAUUACUACAAGGACCUUUACUCAAUCCUAAACGUUUAGAUGAGGCAAUGCGUGGUAAGAAAUUCAUCAAACGACUUUUGGCAUUCUAUCGACCUUUUAAACACCAGUUCUCCGAUAUCAAUUGUACCAAGGCGAAUGUGAUUCGAUAUGUGAAAACAGGAUGUAUAUUAUUAUCGACUUUGUUGGGCAACGUAGAUGGUGUGCGGUAUUUGGAAGAAAACAAGUUAUUGGAUCAAGUGGCAGCAGCAUUGGUGGAAUUGGAUCCUCUCAAACAGCGAGAUGUAUCUUCUGAUGACACUGAACCAAUCUUUUCGAAAGAAAGGAUGAGCAAUACUCUUAGUGGCGGUUAUUUUACAUUCCUAGGCGUGUUUACCAAGCACAAGGAUGGUGUUCGAAUCAUGGAAAAAUUCAAACUAUUCAGCUCAUUUUAUCAAUUAUCGGAACUUCGCAAUCGAGAUGAUCUCAAGGUGGCAUUGAUCACGAAUAUGGACUAUACACUGGACGGUCAUCCCCGAGUGCUUUUAUCCAAGAUCAUGACCUCAGGAUACAACCCUAUCCGUAUAUUUGCUACGCAACAUUUGGGCCACAUUAUGCGUCAAGCCGAAGACAACGACUAUUACAAUGAUUGGAUCAUCAGGUUAUUGGUUACUCAACUCUAUGAUACACACCUCCAAGUCGCUCAAAUCGCCGUCAAUCUGUUGGAUGAAGCUUGUGAAAAACAAGCUAAUCUUGAACUUUUAGUCAAAUGUCGUCCAAGUCUUGGUCAUUUAGGUGAAGUUGGUAAUCCUCUAUUAUUAAGAUUUUUAUCAACAUCCACUGGGUUUCGCUAUUUGAGUGAUUUGGAUUAUGUACAAAAAGAAAUGGAUGAUUGGUUUGAGUAUCGAAAUCAGCAAUAUGUGAUACAACUAGAACUCUCGCUGGCGAGAGCUUUGGUCAACUCCCCCGAAAAGAAGAUCAAUCCAUUUGAAGAACGUGUAGAUAGUGAACUUGAUUUUGAAUUACUGCAACCUGGCGAUGGGUUAUCACCUCCUCAUUUUUAUGGUGAAUUGACCAAAACGGAAGAAGGAUGCGCUUUACUACGGGAAAAUGGACAUUUCCAGUUGUUUACUGAUUAUAUACGGAGUUAUGCAUUGGAAACACAAGACGCACAAGUCAUUCAACAUCUCAAAUCUGUUUUAUGGGCAGUGGGGAAUAUUGGAUCUACUCGAAACGGUUUACCAUUCCUGGAAGAAGAAGAUAUUGUUAAGGAUAUUGUCUAUAUGGCGGAAAAUAGUGAAGUACUCUCUUUGAAAGGAACAUGCUUUUAUGUAUUGGGACUCAUAGCCAAAACUCAACAAGGAGUGGAACUUUUAGGAGAACUUGGAUGGGAAAGUGUUGUUGGACCAAAUGGACAUCCUGAAGGACUUUGUGUACCUUUGAAAUUACAAGGAUUUUUGACAAUACGAAAUUGGCAAUAUACACCCACAUUAUCGGAUCCACCACAGCUACCAAAAUCAAUCACUGAAGAUACCAUUUGUACAGAUAUUCUUCGAAAUAUUGGUGAUAUGAGCAAUCAUAUUCUAGCGAAUGAAGCCUCAUCUAAUUUGAGAAAAUUACGACAAAAACAUCCAGAUUAUUUCAAGAACGUACAACUCUAUUAUUCAGUAUGUCAAUUAUUAGGUAGCUAUCAUUUCCGAUCACCAGUACGAAAAUUCAUCUUGGAAGCGUUUGACAUGCGAUUUACACCUGAAUUAUUACAAGAAUUAGAUGAUUUGGCUGUAAAAAUGGAAGAACCACAAAACCUUUGAUGUUUUUAUAUAGAAUUGUAGUAUAGUUUUUUAGUAUCUUGAU